AUGGAUUACCGCAGCGGACCAGUCCAGGAGUUCUAUCAACCAGAGCCUGCAGAAAGGCAAGAGGAGGAAGAGGAAAGGCCGCCGCAGCAACCGCCACGCCCCCAACAACAACAACAACAAGAAGAGGAAGAAAAAGUCGAGGAAGAGGAAGAGGAAAAGCCGCCACCAUACCCGCCUCGUCCCCAGCAGAAACAAGAGGAAGAAAAGCAGGAGGAGGAAGAUGAGGAGAAACCACCGCCAUACCCGCCUCGUCCCGAGCAACAACAGAUAGCGGAAUAUCAGCCGCCGCUUCCACCCCGCCGGAUCCGCCAAACUUUCGAAGAUGACGACCCCUCCAACCCCAUUCACUACACCCGUGACCCUCACAAGCUGAUCGCCUACCUCAUCCCUUUUCCCAAGCCAAUUUCGAAGGACACGCCGCCGGAGAAAAUACCCGACCGUUUCAUCAUCUACACACCGCCGCCCCCGCCACUCUCGAAGCCGGCGGAAGGCGAGAAGGAGGAGAAAAUGCACAAGGUGCAACGGAAGUGGCAGGAAGAAGUCCGCGAAGCAAAGACCAGCACGGCCAAGACAACGAGCUGGAAGGGCAUCAAGAGCAAAGCAACCCGGGGCAUCGACUGGGCCGUCAACCAAACCACCACCUCGAACCUCGACUUCAUCAACCGUCUCGGCGGCGGUAGCAGCAGCGGCACCAGCAGUCCCAAGAAAAAAGAUCCCGCUGCCUCCACUAGCAAUACUACUCCCGACACCCACCACGACGACGGCGUCCACGAGGACUCGACGACUAAGAAAACGGUUGGCCUGACCGACAUGAUCAUCGUCUACCCACCCGCCUCUAUCGCCAGCGGCAGCAAUGAUGCGACGCGCGACCUGGAAGAAGCCAUGCGCGCCGAGUUCGUCAGCAGCAUGCUGCGCACCAAGAGCAAGGCGCAGCGCGACGCCGUGCUGGCCACGGGCCUGCUGCCCGUCUCGUUCGCCGUCGACGUGCUCGCCACCGUCGUCUGGCCCUUUGGCGGCCUGGUCGAGAUCGACGCCGUGUGGAUGUAUUCGUCCAUCCGCGGCGCCAAGAUCGCGCGUUCCACCACCAAGCGGCUUGCCUCUUCUUCCUCCCCUUCCUCUUCCUCUGUUGGUGCUGGUGCUGGCGGUGAUGGUGAAAAGACGGGCGAGGGUAACGACGACGACGACGACGGCGACGACGAGGGUAAGCUGAAGCUGAGCUUCGUCCCCUCGAAGCGGCUGGAUGUUCUGCGCCGCUACCUCGCCGCGCGCUGCCACGAGCGCGAUCCGAAGCUCUUCGCCAGCGCCGGCGGCCCCAGUCCCACCGAGACGGAGGUCCUCGAGGCCAUCGGCUGGGCCCCGAGCCAGACCCAAGGCGAAAAGCGGAACUGGGAGGAUGAGCAGUGGGAGGUUGCCGAGGUGAAGGAUGACUUCCGCCAAGUCGUAGCCAAGGCCGCGAGGGAGUGGGAUAAGUGGUGUAAAGCCUUCGCGAAGGAUCCGGAGAAGGCGCUGAAGAAGUAG